CAAAUCAGAGAGAGAAAGAGGCUUGUGAGAGAGUAGCCGAAGACUCCUACUCCUUCUCAAUUCAAUUCCAGCUGUGUAACACCCUAUUAAUCGUAGCAAGAAAAUAGCUUCAAGAAUCCCAAUCCAAGAAGGAAGAGAUGAACCUGGCGCCUAUAAAGCGAGGGGAUGCGGCCAAGAACUUCACCACCAUACAUCAAGAGCAUAAUUAGAGCUUCAAUACAAAGGCUUAUUGAAUUUUUGCAUGCACUUGAGGAGUGGAAGAGUACUUGGUGAGUUUGAAUUAAAAAGUAAAAGCUGUGAGGUAAGUGUGGCUAAACCUACACCUUUAAUUAGUGCUUGUGCUGUUGAAUCUGAGGACGAACCUGCCAACUUUCUUGCUCCUGACUUGUUUGAUUAUUGUUCUAAUAGCAUCUUUGAUAAUCUGUUUGAAAUAAAAUCCGAACCAAAGAUGACAACUUUAAGAGAAUUGGCAGCCCCUAACCUAAAUGUUCAACCGCUUUCCAUCACAUAUGCUGAGCUAGAGAAACCUUUAAAGCUGAAUUCUGGGUUUAUAAAUCUUUUGCCUAAGUUUCAUGGUCUUCCUGGAGAGGAUCCCUUCAGGCACAUCUCUGAAUUUCCGAUUACUUGCGGUGCUAUGGUGCCUGAAGGGGUUGCUCAAGACCAAAUUAGGUUGAGGGCUUUCCCGUUUUCUUUAGCUGCUAAGGCAAAGGACUGGUUGUACUACAUGCCAGCCGGUUCCUUUACUACUUGGAAUGCCCUAUAUAAAGCUUUCUUAGAAAAGUACUUUCCAGCUUCUAGGAUAGGUUCAAUUAGGAAAGAAAUAUGUGGGAUUAAACAAAUGAUUGGAGAGAACUUUUCUGAAUAUUGGGAAAGAUUUAAUAAGCUUUGUGCCUCCUGUCCUCAACACCAAAUUUCUGAACAACUUUUAAUUCAAUAUUUUUAUGAAGGGCUACUUCCUACUGAGAGGGGCAAUGUGGAUGCUGCCAGUGGGGGUGCCUUGGUUAAUAAAACACCUGAACAAGCUAGGGAAUUGUUUAAUUUGAUAGCUCAAAGCACUCAACAGUUUGGUACGAGGGAAACUUUAGUGAAGAAAGUGAAUGAAAUUGGUAAUUCUUCUAUUGAUAACAAACUCACUGAACUUACCAAUGCCAUUUCACAACUUACAACUGUGGGAGGGGUUAAAGGAAAACCUUGUGGGGUUUGUUGCUUGGAAGGACACCCUACUGAUGCUUGUCCGACUUUGCAAAACCCUGAGGUAAAUGCUGUUUUCUAUAAUAACAACCAAAGAAAAUAUGAUCCUUUUUCUAAUACUUACAAUGAGGGAUGGAGAGACCACCCAGAUCUUAGGUACGGUAAUGGUCAGAACUAUCAGGCUCCUAGGGGUAAUUUUCAGAAUUUUAAUAAUCCCUCACAACAACCUCCUUUUGAUAAGAAUACUCAACUGUUGGAACAGAUUCUUAAGAAAAUGGAUGACAAAUUCUCUGGUUUUGAUCAAACGCUUAAGCAAUUACAAGAAAAACAGUCUGCCACUGAAGUUACAAUAAGUAAUUUGCAAGCCCAGCUCAAUAAUAGGUUUCCUUCUCAACCCUUUUUGAAUCCUAAAGAAAAUCUGAGUGCAAUUGAGCUGCGUAACAAGAAAAAACUGCCUGAACCUAACCACGUCAGUAGGGAAGAAAAAGAGAAAGAACUUCAUCCGACUCAAGUCUCUUUUGAAAAUGAGUAAAUUCCUUAAUUGGUCCUUUAUAACAGGGGGGUUUCCAUAUUUAGUCCUCUAUUAUCAAAUAUUACCCUCGUAGUCCUUUUUUAAGGGAGCCUUUCCACAAAUGGUCCUUUUUUGAUCUUCCGCCAUGUGGGUAUUAAUUUAAUGGUUAAAAAUAUAAUUUGACAUCAACAUUAUAUCUAGUGACAUGUUCUGAUAUUGAUUAAGCGGAUGACUCAAAAAUAAUGACUAUUAUUGUGGGCUAGGAUUCCAACGGAAGAACACAUUUGUAGACUAUGGUUGUAGUAGAAAGCGAAUGUAGUUCACAAAGGACGCAAAUAAAACAACCUUUGGAAUUGUGUAUGACAAAACAAUAUAUUAUCAUUGUGAAAUUACACUUUUAGCCCUCAAAUUAACACCAACAUGAUAGAAGAUAAAAAAAAGACUAUUUGUGGAAAGAUAUCCAUAAAAGAAGGACCACUGGGGUAAUAAUUGAUAAUAGAGGACUAAAUAGGGAAACCCCCUGUUAUAAAGGACCAAUUAUGGAAUUUACUCUUUGAAAAUUAAUGUUCUGAUUUUGUUGAGAAUGAAAGCAAUAGGUCUGAAAAACAGAAAGAAAAUGAUUUUCAAAACAGAAUAAAUGAUUUUAAGAAUCAAAAAGCUCCUUUUCCCAGCAAGUUUUUGAGUCAACAACCUAAGACUAAGGAAUUAGAUCAAGAAAUGUUUGAUACAUUUAAAAAAGUGGAAAUAAAUCUCCCUCUUUUAGAAGCAAUCAGACAAGUUCCCAAAUAUGCCAAAUUCCUUAAAGAACUUUGCACUCAUAAGAAUAAGCUAUCUGGAAAGGUGUUGAUGAAUGAGAACGUAAGUGCUGUUUUUCAGAAUAAAUUACCCCAAAAAUGUAAGGAUCCUGGAGUUUUUACUGUUCCGUGUUAGAUAGGGAGUUUAAAAUUUGACAAGGCAAUGUUAGACUUAGGUUCUUCAAUAAAUGUAAUGCCCAAGGACAUUUUUGAACAAUCACAAAUUGGGGACCUAAAGAGAACAGGGGUAGUGAUUCAAUUGGCUGAUAGAAGUCAUACUUACCCCGAGGGGAUUUUAGAAGAUGUCUUAGUGAGAGUUAACGACUUCAUUUUUCCUGCUGAUUUUUACAUUCUUGAUAUGGGAGUUGAUAAAACUGACAUUCCCAUUUUGUUGGGAAGACCGUUUUUGAAAACAGCCCGAGCUAAAAUUGAUGUUCAUAGGGGUACUUUAACAAUGGAAUUUGAUGGUGAGUUAAUUAAAUUUAGUCUUUCUGAAGCAAUGAAACACCCUUAUGAAGAAAAUCAAGUCUUUGCUAUGGAUUUAAUUGAUGAAAUCACUAAAGCAGUUUUCCAAAAAUCACAUGAUGAUGAACUUUUUACUGUUUUGAUUGAAAGUUUAGACCCGGUUGAGAUUGAAAGAUUGAGUUUUUCAAUAUCUGAUAAUGUGAAUUUUUAUGCUGAAAAUUUAUCUUCUGUGGAAGAGGUAAAGACUGUUUUAAAACUGAAUUUGGAGGUUCUUAAGACCAAACCGCUUCCUUCUUUGAUCUCUCCACCGGAAAUUGAACUUAA